UGGUGUUAAAGUAUUGUUCGUUACCAUGUCUCACUCUAUGUACCACAGCAGCGCAGCUUGCCUUGUACCUGUGACUCCUUCGCUUCUAUCCUCCUCGUAGAUUUAAUUCCAAAUACCACCCCUCAUGGAAUCCUGGUAUGACAUCCUCCCAAACUUCAGCUUCAACGUCCGCAAGCACAUCUGCCAGCAGGCUCAACCACCCACAGAAACGCCGCCUUGCUCAGCCUGCUCGUUCAUCCUAGACACCGAAAGAAACCCCUACGCUGGCGGCCAAAACACCGUCUUCGCGCUGCGAGAUCACGCCGGAAAGGAAAUAUGCAUGCGCAUCCAACACAGUCCCACGGAGGGGUCUUCGUACGUCUUGGAGAAAGAAGUAAAUUUCCGUAAGGCUAUCGAGAGUGCCGGGGUCUCAGGCUUUCAAAAGGUCAUUGGAUGUGCGACAAGGGGGAACGACCUUAUACCUGCUCCAUUCAUUACGCUGGAAUAGGCGCGUGGAACUACGCUUCGCUGGACGGACGACGUCCCUGUGGAGGUCGAACAUAGGAAUAGAGUCAUCCGCGCAAUCGCCCGAGUCACGAUUGACCUCCUGAAGA